AUGUUCGAGGCACGUUUGGCUCAGAGUGCAAUCCUGAAAAAGGUCCUCGAGGCCGUCAAAGACCUGCUGAGCGAGGCGACGUUCGAAUGCUCAGAUUCGGGUAUAAUGGUACAAGCUAUGGACAAUGCUCACGUCUCCCUGGUAUCGUUGAACUUGAGGAGCGAUGGUUUCGAUAAAUUCAGAUGUGAUAGGAAUUUGUCCAUGGGCAUGAACAUCACCACAAUGACGAAGAUUUUAAGAUGCGCCAGCUCCGAGGACACGGUCACCCUCAGGGCUUGGGACAACCCCGACAACAUUAUUUUCAUUUUCGAAUCUCCCAGCAAAGAAAAACUCGCCGAGUAUGAAAUGAAACUCAUCAACAUGGACCAAGAACAUCUUGGUAUUCCCGAAACUAUGUACUCGUGUGUAGUGAAAAUGCCCUCAGCUGAAUUUGCCAGAAUAUGUAAGGAUCUUAGUCAGUUUGGUGAAGCUAUUACAAUUGCAUGCUCUAAGGAGGGAGUUAAAUUCUCUGCAGCUGGUGAUUACGGAAAUGCUAACAUCAAAUUGGCACAAACUGCAGAAGUAGACAAAGAAGAAGAAGCUGUUUGUAUUGACAUGCAGGAGCCUGUAAAACUCACAUUUGCUUGUCGUUACUUGAAUUCUUUUGUAAAAGCAACACCACUUUGUGCUCAAGUAAAAUUAUCUAUGUCUGCUGACGUACCUUUGGUAUGCGAAUAUUCCAUUGGAGAAAUAGGACACAUUAGAUAUUACCUUGCACCUAAGAUUGAUGAUGAAGAUGAGAAUUGAUUGAUGAUCAACUAAUUUUGAUAUCCACUUUUCACUUUUUUACUCACCAUCAUCUAAGCACAAUGAUUUUUUUAAAGAUUUUUAAACAUACCAAAAGAAAAUCUUGACUUGCAGUCAUAAUUGUUAUAUAACAUCCUAGCUCACUGAGUGAGUAUCAGUUUUAAAUUAGGUUUAACAAAUAGAAAAUGAAGAAACUCAUUGUUUAUAAGUAAUUUCAAGAAUGAUAUAUAUUGAAACUUUAUAUUGAAGUCGUUUGGCUUGUCACAGUAUUAGCGCAAUACAGAAUUGACACUAUUUUUUUCGAAUUAGGAUAAUGUAAUUACAAUACUUUCUAAAAGAUGUACAUUCUUUCUGUUUGAUUCAACUGUGACUUGAUGAAUUUUCAUGGAUAUCAGGUAAAUGUCACAAUUAAAAUGUAUAAUAUGAAAAUCAAUAUAUAUUUGUUCAUUUUUUUGAUAAA